AUGAAGAUGAGCCAAGAGAAAACCCUCUCACUACUCUUUUAUAAUUAUUUCUCAUCUGCACUGCUUUGCCUAAUAUGUACUCUUACCCUUUCCACUUACUCCUUCGUAUCGUCAUCAUCAGCUACUCUUUACUCAAAUGAGACCGAUAGAAUUGCCCUUUUAGAUUUUAAACGCCGGAUUUCUGAUGAUCCGCAUGGAGUGUUACUUAACUCCUGGAAUGACUCUGUGCACCAUUGUGGUUGGCAAGGAGUGAGGUGUGGUCGUCGACACCCACGAGUUGUGGCGUUGAGGCUUCCUGAUUUGGGGUUAGUGGGAACCAUAUCUCCUCAUAUUGGAAAUCUCACUUUCCUCAGGGUUCUUGAUCUCAAUAGCAAUAAGUUGUACGGUGAAAUCCCAGGAGAGAUUGGUGGUUUGUUUCGACUAAGAUCUCUCGACCUGUCUGUGAAUGCACUGACGGGAGAACUGGUUGCGCUUAAUCUGAGCAACUGCUUACAACUAAGGGGACUCUAUUUUUUUGAAAAUGGCCUCCAAGGGAAGCUCCCUACUGCAUUCCUAGCUAAUUUGAAGAAGCUACAAGAACUGUCUUUGGGUAGAAACAGAUUGACAGGUGGAAUUCCUCCCACUUUUGGGAAUUUGUCAUCACUUCGACAGUUGAGCUUGGAGAUGAAUCAUUUGGAGGGACGUAUUCCGCAUGAGAUUACGCGGUGUUGGGGUUUAAAUAUCCUUUCACUUGGUGGCAACAAUUUCACUGGUACACUAUCGCCUUCUUUCUUCAAUAUCACUUCUUUACAAAUUUUUUCGGCAUCUGCAAACUCACUUGAAGGGAUCAUUCCAAGCUACAUAGGAGACACCAUGCCAAAUUUAGAAGGCUUUUAUUUUGGCCUUAACCAAUUCCAUGGUACCAUCCCAAUUUCAUUUCCCAAUGCCUCUAAGCUUCAAACUCUUGAGGUAUCUGACAACCAUCUUGUAGGUAAAGUUCCAGAUAAUAUUGGAAGGUUAAAAAAUCUGCAAUUCUUGAACCUUGAGUACAAUCUUCUUGGUAUAGGUGGCAAUGGUCCCCUCAAUGACUUGGCUUUUAUAACAUCUUUGUCCAAUUGUAGUAACUUAAAUAUGUUUUCCAUUGAUAAUAAUAGAUUUGAAGGUAAAUUGCCAAACACCAUAUCUAACCUCACAUCCAAGCUCCAUAUUUUAUAUCUAGGUGGGAAUAAGAUAUUUGGAGCAAUACCUAGAGGAAUAAAAAAUCUAGUUAGCUUGAUUGCUUUCGAUAUUGGAAACAGUCUAUUAUCAGGUAUUAUUCCAAGUGAGAUAGGUGAAUUGCAUAAAUUACAAGUUUUAGGUCUUUAUGAAAAUCAAUUAUCUGGAAAAAUGCCACCCACUCUUUUUAACCUUACUUAUCUAGCUUCACUUGUUUUAUAUAACAACAAUUUUGAUGGCAAUAUACCCUCAAAUGUGGAAAACUUCAGGAAUUUGAAUGAAUGGUACAUGAAAAAUAACAAACUAGAUGGAACCAUUCCUCAACAAAUUUUUAAUUUGCCAUCUUUGUCUAAGUACCUUGACCUUUCCCAUAAUUCAUUCACUGGUCCCUUAUCUCCUUCCGUGGGCAAAUUGAAAACACUAAAUGCCUUGGACAUCUCUGGGAACAAAUUGUCGGGCAAAAUUCCAGAUACAAUUGGAGAUUGUUUGAGCCUUGGAUAUAUUGAUAUGCAUGAUAAUCUCUUUGAAGGUAAAGUCCCACCGUCUUUGGUUUCCUUAACAAGCGUUACGUAUUUGGAUAUCUCAAACAACAAGUUGACUGGAGAGAUACCGAGAGACCUCCAAAAUCUCUCACUCUUGCAAUAUUUGAACCUUUCUUUCAAUGAUCUAGAGGGGGAGGUACCAACAGCUAGAGUGUUUGCAGUGGAAACCAAUGUAUCAUUGCUUGGAAACAAAAAGCUAUGCGGUGGUAUACCUGAGCUAAAUCUGCCUCCAUGUCGUGUGAAGAAAACAAAACACAGAAAGCAUUUAAAGCUUAUGAUUGUUAUCUUCACAUGUAUCUGCUCGGCUCUGGUGUUUGCAUCAGUCAUUGCUUUUCUAACAUUGUGUUGGAGGAAACAAAAAAGAGUGGAAUCAGCUAAGUCAUCCAAAGUUGAAAAGCUUUCCAAAAUCCCUUAUAGAGACCUGCAUCAAGCUACUGAUGGUUUCUCUGAGACAACUUUGAUCGGCUCGGGAAGUUUUGGCUCUGUUUACAAAGGAAGAUUUGAUCAAGGUGUUGGAGAACAUACAAUUGCGGUGAAGGUACUUGACCUUUUAAAAAAUGGAGCUACAAAGAGCUUUCUUGCAGAAUGUAAAGUGUUGAAGAACAUACGCCACCGAAAUCUUGUUCCAAUUUUGACUUGCUGCUCGAGUUGUGAUUUUGCAGGUAAUGAAUUCAAAGCUUUGGUUUAUGAGUUCAUGGAAAAUGGGGAUUUGGAUAUGUGGUUGCAUACACAUUCAUCUAAUGCAAGGACAACUGUUCUAAGUGUUCUUCAAAGGUUAAACAUUGCAAUUGAUGUAGCUUCUGCAUUGCGCUAUCUCCAUGAUGAUUGUGAGCCCACGGUUAUUCAUUGUGAUCUAAAGCCAAGUAACAUACUGCUCGAUAACAACUUAACUGCUCAUGUUGGAGACUUUUGUAUAUCAAGACUUUAUUCACAUACAAUUGGAGAUCCAAUUGGUGAACAAAGUAGUACCAUUGGAUUAAAGGGUUCAAUUGGUUAUGUUCCACCAGAGUACGGGAUAGGAGCAAAGGCAUCAACUUUUGGAGAUGCGUAUAGCUUUGGAAUCCUUUUGUUAGAAAUGUUCACUGCUAAAAGACCCACAGAUGCUUUAUUCACGAAUGGUGGAUGUAAGAGUAUCUAUGAGUAUGUUGAAGCAGCAUUAUCGGAGCAAGUGAUGAAAAUUGUUGACCCAUUGCUUCUAGCAUGCCUAGAAAUUAGCAACCUUGGAAUAAGACAAAACGAAGAGUUGGAGAAUCAUGCUAAUUUGGUGGAAAUUGAAGAGAGCAAGGUGCAUAACUUAUUCUUCUCCAUCUUCAAAACUGGGCUUGAUUGUGCUUCAACAUCACCAAUGGACCGCAUGCCUAUGAAUGAAAUGAGCAGGGAAUUACAGAAGAUUAAGAAGGCCUUCUUUGCGUAA